AUGUUCAUGGAAAUUCUCGAGGACACUCGGCGGGAAGAAGCGCGUUCUUUGGUACCCCCUGAUCAAAACGACGCGCCAGAUGUCCUCGAACAUCGCCCGCCAUUUUCCGAGGCCCAGCUUGACCCGGAGGUCCAAACGGCAGACAACCAGGUAAUUGAUGAUUGGAUUGAGACCAUUGAGCCUGGGGUAUUGGACCAAAACAUGGACAUGAGGCGACCAAGAACCGCGAGCCCGUCCCAUCGGAGUGACCGUACAAAUGGCAGUGUGGAGGAAAUCAUGGAAGAGGUUGAGGUUAUUCCGGAUUCCGAGAUCACACACCAGGACGCGCUGUUUCUGAUCGAGGAGGCGGAGGCGGAGGCAGCGGCAGUGACAGAUGCUGUCCAAGAUAGCUUCUUUGAUGCGGAUGAGGUGAAUAAUGCGGAGCUGACUGAUGCGGACGAGGUGAAUGAUGCGGACAAGGUGAAUGAUGCGGAGGCGAACACUUCUGGAGAUGCCUCUACUCCUGCUCUUGUGGAUGCAAUGGAUAUAACUGAUGCGUCUGGCACGAUUGAGAUGAUUGAGGAUACCAAUGUGAUGGAGACAGAUGCGGCUGAGGAUGCGGUUGAGGAUGCAGUUGAGGAUGCGGCUCCAGAUACGGUUGAGGAUGCGGCUCCGGAUGCCGAGUUAAGCGAGACUCCUUUUGGUCCAGGCACAAUGCUGCCCCCGAACUGGGUGCGCCGUGAGGAUAUUGAUGAGUCGGAAGAAGUGCCCCAACAACGGUGCACUUUUACACUGCCUUCCUUUCACCUAAUGCUCGGAUUAUGGUCACUUAAAUACAACAUUACGCAAAGUCAGUACAAAGCGCUUGUUGAAGUGCUGCAACUCCUGGAUGAUGUAUCCCUUAUUGCAUCACUCCCUGCUUCCCUAGGCCAGCUUAAAAAGAAUACCAAAGGUCAAUUCCGUUCCAUACCUUUGCGCCGUGUUAAGGUGCCUGUGGUUAGUGCGAAGCUACAGACACUAAGUGCUCCGGACAAAAGACGCGCGCUGGAUGCUUCGACAUGGAUGUAUUUCAUUGAUCCCAUUCCCCUUAUCUCAAGUCUUGUGAAAUCCCCGUCUUUCAUGCAGCAAAUCCACCAAGGUAUGGCGGAGUUUGUCGAUGUGCCCACAGAACUCUGGCACGGCGUUGCAUGGGGUUCUUCAGUCCGGACAACCUCCGGACAGUUUGCACGGUAUCCUGGGCCUGUUGGUGAUCGCGCUGCUGCGCUCCCAUCAGACUUUGUCUGGUACAGAUGUCAGAAGCUCAAUUGUGCUUGUACAUCUGACUCCCGUACACAUAUUGGCCGAAUCAACUGUGUUGGCAUUAAUCACACAUCAUAUAUCACCGAAGUGCGUUCCGGGGAUAUUGUUCUUCAGCUCCAGGUUCUUUUAAAGAGUUCUGAAGUGCCAAGCACGCUUGCCUUGACUGCUCGACGUUCAGGGUCCCCAAUAGAUUUGAUGGAACUACUUAUCCACGAGGACAAGCAUGUCUUGAUUGCAGAACAUCAGCUCCUCUCCCAUGAGCCUCGCGUGACUCUUGAUUAUGGAUACCAAAACCCAUUAUCCCAGCCCAUAGCAUCACCAGCUGGUCAUUUCAUCGUCCGGCGCAUCUUGGACAAGGAACACAAGCUUCGGGCUCUCUACCUAUCCUCCCCCCAUCGUGGUGAACAAGAAAUCAAAGUAUAUGGCCGCCAGCACCUUAUAGAUUCUUUUGAUUCAAGCACCCCGCCCAUCUCCCUCCCAUACCAGAUGUUCAUGGAUGGAUUCGGUUUGUAUCGGACUACAUACAAAUCUCUUAUGGGCAUCUACCUUAUCUUCGCAGGCAUGACAGUGGAUGAGCGCGCAAAACUACACAACGUCUUUGCAAUCACACUGGGUCCAUACGGGACAAACUUUAGAGAUGUGAUUAAGAACCUUAUUGCACUUGGCAAGCUUGACGCAGGGAUUGAGGUAAUGCAUGAUGGCGCCAUGCGCAAGGUCUUCGCGUUCGUCCUGGCAUUUCUUGGGGAUAUGCCGCAGCAGAAUGUCAACUGUGGUCUAUUAGGCCCUACUGCUCAUGUUUCUUGUCGGUUCUGCCUUGUUGACGAGUCAAGCCGACAUAACCUGGACAUCAAUUUAGUCAAGCUUGGAAGGUACCAUAACCAGACCUCACUUUUGCAUCAACUUGCGCAUCAGAAGACAGGCAGAGAAAAAUCCGAGUUCUGCCGGAAGUAUGGUCUAGCGUCUCUCCCUUCACCCCUAUUUAAGAUAGCUCCCGCUCAGAUUCUAGAGCGCUUCUUCCCAAUUGAUGUCUGUCAUGCUGAUGGUGCUGGCCUGAGCCAGAUGGUACAUAUCCUACUACUCGAGCACGUACUUACUGAAUAUGGGAGGACCAGAUACCUCGCUGUCCUGCAACGCUUCCCUUUUCCAGUUGGUUGGCAGAGAUUGCAGUCGCCUCUUACGCACAUGAAGUCAUACCGUCUCCAAGAGCAUGUACGUGCAUCGAUAGUUGCUCCUUUGUUACUCCGCUGUUAUAUGGAGAGACAUUGGAUUAGUGAUGCCUUCUAUGAGGCAUUGUGUGAGCUUUUCAGGGAGAGACAGGAUGACCCCAAGGAUAUCAUCACCAGUGUCUUUGCUGCUGUUGCCCGGAGUAACAGCGCAAUUCAGCAACGUUCCAUGAAGUCCAAGGACCGAUCUCAGCUUGAACAUAUAAUCAAGCAAGCACGAAGCGGAGUUCAACAUAUAGCCGAAGCCGCCGCUAUUGCAGCAGAAGAAAUCACACCAUACCAAUCUCGGUCUCGAUCUCGAUCCCAGUCUGUUGCAGUGACAGCAUCAGAUUGGGAGACAACACCAGCCAGCAGUCAAAGUAGCCAAACUAGUCUUGCAUCGGGGCGGCCAAUUGAAACCAAGAAGAGCAGGGGCAUAAGAGCCCUUCAGCAGCGGCCUAAUAUGCACAUAGGACUUCACUAUCCCGCGCAGUCCGCUGAGUAUGCAACUCCAUGGAACAACAAUGUCCUUGCUGGAGAACACAAGAACAAGGUGUUCAAGAAUCGAGUCCGUUAUACAAAUCACCGCGAACCUGAACGAGAUCUGCUUUCUAACGAAUACCUUCCUAUAUCCGUGCAACUCUCUCUCAACGGCGCGAUAGAGGAUAAUAAUAUCCCAACUCCAGAACUUCAGAAUCUCGCGCAGCGCUGUCCGAUGGUCUUCAAAGCAAUGUGGCCGCUUGGUUUUGGGCUAUCGGAAGAGGACAGGGACAAUGAGGAAGAAGGCUUGGGGUACUUUGGCCUGGUGUUAUCACCAAAUCCGCUUUCUUACAAGGACAUUUCGUUGUCGUUCGCUGUACCUGGCAGCAAGGUGCAGGCUCAAAUGGGCAUCCCAAAGCAGCUCCACCAGGCCUCAGAACUCCAUUGGUUUAUUGACAGCAUCUGCUCGGCGUAUCAUGCUGAAUACAAAUUCCCACCCUUUAUGGAAAUACCAAACAAUGCCCAAUGGUACAGGCGGGUCGCUAUGAGCACGCAGUAA